AUGACAAGGCUUACAUUACUUGCCGGCUUGUGUCUAGUGAUAUGCCAGCUAGGAUCUGCGACCAAAAUGGUGUGCUACUUCACAAACUGGUCCCAAUAUCGACCUGGUGAGGGGAAAUACAUGCCACAAGAUGUGGACCCCUUCCUGUGUACCACACUGAUCUAUGCCUUCUCUAUCAUCAACCACAACAAUGAACUGGUAACAUAUGAGUGGAAUGAUGAGGUUUUAUACAAAUCUUUCAACAACCUCAAGACCAAGAAUCCUCAUCUUAAGACACUCCUGGCUGUUGGUGGAUGGAACUUUGGUUCCCAACAGUUUUCCAUCAUGGUAUCCAAUCCAACUAACCGUCAGAAAUUUAUCCAGUCUACAAUAAAAUUCCUGAGAACUCAUGGAUUUGAUGGUCUGGAUCUGGACUGGGAGUACCCAGGAGCUCGUGGAAGCCCUCCAGGUGACAAGCAGAAGUUCACUUUACUCUGCAGGGAACUUGUUCAAGCUUAUGCUGCUGAAGCCAAGGCCACUGGUAAUACUCAGCUAAUGUUGACUGCUGCUGUGUCUGCUGGAAAGGGGACAAUUGAUGGAGGAUAUGAAAUUGCAGCGAUUGCCAAGGAAUUGGACUUCAUCAAUGUGAUGACCUAUGACUUCCAUGGAACUUGGGAGCGGUUCACUGGUCACAACAGUCCUCUGUUCCGUGGCUCCCAGGACUUUGGUGACUUGAUCUACUUCAACACCGACUAUGCUAUGAAGUACUGGCGAGACAACGGUACUCCAGUGGAGAAACUGAGGAUGGGUUUUGCUGCCUAUGGUCGUACUUUCCGUCUGACAUCAGCAAACACCGGAGUUGGUGCCCCAGCUAGCGGUCCUGCAUCAGCUGGUCCAUUCACUCGUGAAGCUGGAUUCUGGUCCUACUAUGAGAUCUGUGGAUUUUUAAAGGGCACUACCCUCCAGUGGAUUGAGGACCAGAAGGUUCCCUAUGCCACUAAAAACAAUGAGUGGGUGGGCUUUGACACCAGGGAAAGCUAUGAAAUUAAAGUACGCUAUCUGCAGGAGCAGAAAUUUGGUGGUGCUUUUGUGUGGGCUCUUGAUUUGGAUGACUUUGCAGGACGAUUUUGUGGAGUGGGCAACCACCCUCUUCUGUCUCAUCUUCACAAACUUCUCAAUAUUGGUAAAGUACCACCAAUUCCUCCUACCACCACGCCCAAACCUGGUGCGAGCACCACCCCUCGUCCGACCACAGCCACCACUGUCACAACCCAUGCCCCAGGAUCCGGCUUCUGUAACGGCAAACCUGAUGGCCUGUAUCCCCACCCAGAUGACAGAGCCAGCUUCUACAUGUGUGCAGGUGGCAUCACCCAUUUGAAGCAGUGUGGAUCUGGAUCAGUCUUUGAUGAUGGCUGCAAGUGCUGCAUCUGGCCAUGA